CAAACGACCUUUUUGCGAUUGCCUGCUGCCUCAGACUUGUGUGCUAAUGUUGUGAGGAAAUGACCGCCUGCUCGCCUGCAGGAUUCUUUUAAUUACACACAACCAACAUGUCGAAAGCUUCAAAGGCGUCGAAGGCGUCCACAUGGCACCCGUGGAACGUCGAAGCCGCCGACAUCGAAGCCGAAGAAGAGGUCGACGACACGCAGGAAAUCCAGAUCGAGGAGGCUCUAAAGCUCUACCAAACCGCCCUCAAAUACCACACAGAAGGCCCCCAGUCUUUCGACAAGACGGCCGCCGCCUACAAAGCACUCUUCGAAUCAGACAUCUUCAAAUACACCGAGUCGCUCUCCGAGUACCAGCGCCAUGAGCUGUUCGGCGAGACCCUGGUUUUCGACAGCAUCCUCGAAGACGACUAUGAUGCGGGGCCAACACAGUCUACGGGCGCCGCUGAGAGCGCCCCCAACACGCUCCCCCAGAUCCUGCACCUGUCGUACAAGAACCAUGGCCAAUUCCUGCUCGAGUCGAUGCAGCACUGCGUCUCCCAACAAGGCGGCGCGCCUGGAUUGCAAGGCCGAGACGACAUUCGCGGUGCUCUAAGCUACUUUGCCGAAGCUCUGGACAAAGAAGACACGGAUCUGGACUUGUGGCUGCGCGCUGCGUCUGUAGCGGCGAUGCUGGGCAGCCAGCGCCUGACUCGUUUCUGUCUGGAAGCUGUUCUGGACGGGAACGACGAGUUGUGGGAAGGCCUUUUACGGCUACCCGGCCUCGAAGAGGGCUUUGCUGGACAACAACUGCGCGAGCUCGUAGAGAAGCUGGAAGACAACGUGUCGCUGAUGCAGGCGCCACUCACUGCGAUGAAGCGGAAGAAGCUUUCGGAAACUCUCAAGAAGCGCUUGAAUCCCUACCCAUUUGCCCCUCUGCCGGCUGAUGUCACUCGAGUCGAUGGUAGACGCAUGCUUAGUGCACUGCCUGAGCCUGUUGUUCUGAACCCAACCAAGUGGGAUUGGGCGGGCGCAGGAGAAUCUGUUCUGCAGCAGUAUCUGGCCGAGCAACGGGGCGUCGUCGACAUUCGACCGGGCUCGAGCAUCAACUUCAACAUCCCACCAGACAGCGAAAUUUCACCCCACAUCGAACCUGAGCCAAUGCUCGUCAUAGAAAACACAACCGCUGCGUCCCCAGACGAUUCUAUGCUUCCACAAGUUCAACAAUCACUAACCAGCUCGACUGAACCCGACACUGCAGUGGGGAGAGUAGGGGAUGAUGCUGUCAUGCAAGAUCAAGUCGAUGACUUAGGAACAAAAAUAAAAGAAGCUCGGCUCACACCUCCUCCAGAAGUAGCACCAGCAUCAUCCCGCAAACGCUCUCCUGACUCUGCUGGUCUCCCUGAGACGGCCGAGGGAGGUCGAUACCGUAGCAAGCGUAUCCGAGCACGCGAUUCAAUGCCCGAGCCCGGUAAUGGUGGCGACCGUGCACCUCAUGAUGGGAAUAGGCAGCUGGAAGAGCAGCUCGAACCAUACACCCAUGCAGAUCAAUGCUUGUAUGAAAUUGUUAAGGACAUUUACUCGCGACUCGGCGUGGAAGGGAUUGAGCAACCUAAGAAAUUGCGCGACAUGCUUACUGCGCUUCCUGAAACCUCAGCAACGAACCCAAUUGACAAAGCUGCCUGCGACAUGUUCACGGCCCUGCAGAGUGGGGACCCAAAAACUGCUCAAGUGUUACUUAGCAACGAGUCUUUCGAUCUAGUUGGACAAACCCGAGAAGCUGGGUUGAAUGCAUUUCUGGGAUACACCAAAUCGAGCACUCGUCAAGCCUGCGUGAAGCCAACGCUAGAUAGCCAAAGGCUCGUUACUUUCACCCGCAGUGUGAAUGAGGGAUGGCUGUCCACUAAAGAAGUCGCUUUUGCCUGGUUAGAGGUUCUUCUUUCGCGUGGUUCGUUCGCCACGCAACAUGAUGGGCAUUCUAGCUACAUGCAGUUCAGGUGGACUGAGAAUCUCAAGCGGAUCUUGGUACAAAUCAUCGUCAACAUCGAUGAGCACAUAUACGAACGCAUGCUUGACCGGAUCAACAAUCUCAGCACACGGAUGCUGAAGGCGCGCCACCAAUCGCAAAAACACGACUUAUCUGAAUUUGAUACAUCCCAGAUCGAAAUUGUACAAAUCCUCUUUGAGCUCCAUCUCGACGUCUAUUCUCUGAUCAAACAUCCUCACAGCCAAGUGGACAUCGACACGCAGGUUAUCCAAAGUGAUCGUCUUGAAAGGUGGGCGACGCUGGCGCGUGAAGCAAUGCAGCUGCGAACCGACUGCGAGCCGGACCUUGGCAUGGAUGAUCUCGCGCUUCGUCACAUCUGGGCCUCUGUGUUCCAAAUGAGUGUCAAGGACGAAAUACCCCCAGAGCAUGUCAUUUCUGCUCUUGGCGACUUGAAGAGCAUGUUUGAGGCACUAGACGAUCACACUAUACAAUUGCAAAACAACGCAGUCAUGCCGGAACUGUCUGUUGCUGCCGUGGACCGCGAACUAGUGCGCAUUAGCAUGAAGGACUUCUUCCUGAAAGUCUUCGAUCAGGAGGAGAAGGAUCCCGUGGCAAUCAUCGAAAGUCUGGAACCAAUCCUAGAGACAGUCUACUCUACGCCAGAGUUGCAAGGAACCGAUCCUGACGAAGAAGAUGCCAGCGCAUCGCGUUCUCCUACCACUACCAAUGUCACAGACGUAGAAGCCAAUACACUCAUUGAGAUGCCGUCGCCCGUCGUGGAGAUGCGCAAAUUUCUUGACUCGGCCAAUGUCAACGUACGUUUGUCCCUCUGGCAGAGACUGCGAGUGGCAUACGACGCGAUAGAGUAUCCUCCUAAGGUUCUGUCGUGUUACCUGCGAAGCAUCGAAACGUUCGUCGGAGAUUUAAGGACCACUAACUUUCAGGAGUUGUCGGCUGUGGAACGUCAAGUUAAGCUCUUGACGAGAGAUCGAGUCAUCGAUGAUAUGGUCGUUAAGAUUCUCCAGAUCGUGAGGAGCGAAAAGACAGCGUUUGAGUGCCUCACUUAUGAGCACGUGCUGUCAUCCAUGUCCGCCAUUGCAGAGUUGCUGCACAUAAUGUCUGCUGCGAAUGUGCUUCGAGACUUAAUCCGCAUUGGACAAGUCCCGAUGCCCAGAAUCGAGGCACAACCAAGCCAGGCAUUCAUCAGCAUGUCGGCCAGACUCGACGACAUGUACUUGCGCCUCUGGAUGCUGCAAUACCAUCUUCUCAAAGAAGGCUUGUCCCAGAAUCGGGAGAAGUUUCCGACUCCUUCAGAAGACAUGUUCGAGUUCCUUCGUCACGUUCACCAUGCUACUGGCGUUCGUGGAUUGUGUCACUCAUCUAACCGCCAAUUCCUAAGGCUGGUGAAAGAUGAAGUCCUCCGGUUGGAUGACGUUAUCGAUGCUAACAACCGCGAUAAUCAGCUAUGCCAGGUCUUGCACGAUCUUUACGGACUGAAAUUGUUCAUCGAACCUUUGGACUGUCAGGAUUACCAGUCUCCUCCGGACGUUCUUGACAAGAAGACCGCAUACAGUCUCUUACCGUUCGUUAUGUCUCAAGCCGCAAGGGUGGAUAUCAAAGACUUGCCAAAGACAGAACUCAAGAGCACCAUCGAGAAAGUGCAUGCGGCCUUGGGACGACCAAAACAGCACGACGACAUCAGCUUCAACCGCAAGCUCAUAUCGGCUUACUUCAAGUCAGCAAUCAAUCCCGUGUCUCUGUUCAGUUGUCUCAAGGGCAUCGGCCUGUUACCCACGAAACACAUACCCGACGAAGAAGCUGUGGCUGCGUCAAAAGGAUGGUACUACAUGAUGGGCAAUAUCGCUCUCAGCAAAUUUCGCUCCCAAAAGCGCAUGACUCAAGGACCUACAGAAGAGAUCAACUAUGCGCAGGCAUUCUUUGUGCAAGACCUUGAGUACUCUAUUGAACGUUGGGAGACAUGGUAUCGACUCGCACUGGCCAACGAUAUACAACUCGAAGAAGCUGUUAUGUGGAACGCAGACAAGAUGAACAGUAACAGCGUGGAGCUGGUCAAUUACCAACGCGCCUCUAUUAACUGCUAUCUUAUGGCGGUUGCUUGUGUUGUUCGUAGCGGCAAUACCGCUUCCCAUGAUCAAGAGAAUAUCGCACGCCUGUACACAGAUUUUGGCGACCGCAUAUAUGCUUCUUCUAGGGAGCCAUUCAGUAUGGAAGCUUUUGACAUCAGGGACGGCGAGAAGAGGUUCUGCAACCAUCCAACCGAAGGCAAAACCUAUCGCAGUGCAUCCUUCGUUACGUUGCAAGCCUAUACAGCUUGGAAAUUCGCUAGCACUCUGUACAAGCGGGCCAUCAAGGGCAACUCGAAGAAAUGGUGGAAUUACUAUAUGCUCGGGAAAUGCGGGUGGAAAAUGUGGUCUGCUAAUCACAACGCUAUACUCCAUGACGCAUCAAACGGUACACCAAUGUCUUCUCGGCGCGGUCCAUCCUGGGAGGAAGUCAUUGAUGCUUUCAUCAGUGCUAUCGAGAUACUGCCAGGAAAGAAGGGUCGCAACGGCGAACCUGUUCUUGAACCGCAUUACAAGCUAGUCUCAAUCGUUCACAAGCUCUUCCAACGUAAAGCUAUCAGUCAUGAGAAAGGCACGGAGAUCCUCACGCACACCUCUUAUGCGAAAAACAUCAGCCCUCCGAAGGACGCCAACGACUGGGAGCGCUAUAUCAUCGCUGUGCUCAAGUCUCUGCGGUCCGCAGACAAAUCGAGUUGGCAUCAUCGUAUCAUCGCUCGUUCGGCUCACGUCAUCUAUGAUGGAGGCGAAGACAUGACGACGGCUCAUGGUGCUAAGCAUGAGUUGACACAGCAGAUGUUCACGAAGACCAUGGCCGUACAGGUUUGGAAACCAGAGCACGAGCGACCUGGCAGGCAUUUUGUGUACACAACGCGCUACACGAAGUUCUUUAUCCACCUACUCGACGUCACUGAAGACAAGGCUAGCUUCGAGGCGUUGGCAAAGCGUGUACCACGGAAGCAGACUGACUUCUUUGAGCACUCGAAGUUGUGGCAAGAGCUAUGUCUCCAGUACCUGAAGAUGUUGCGGCGAACAGGGCAGAUCACUGAUGGUCAAGAGGACUAUACCUUCAAGUCACUCAGCCAUGAUGAUUUCAAUAUCCUGGCUCCUCGAAUAGAAGCAUGGUGUCGCAAUCCAGCUACCCAGCAUCCCGUCCUGGACAUCCUCCGCGAUGCUAUCGAGCUCAAGCGCCUCAACAGCGGGCUCAUGAAACCUCUCCUCAUCGACGAUCUCAUUGGCGAUACAUACGCCGUACUGUACGCCAUCGUUGGACCCACUUUAUUGCCAUUACCGUCGGAGCAGCAGCAACAGCAACCCAUCCAGCUAGCACAUUUCGGACCAAACCCAACCGUGCAGCAAUCCUCAGGCGUGAUGCCCAUCUCAUCCUUGAUGUCAGUGCAACUAGACGGCUCCGUAGACACAACUGCCCCAACCCCCUUCGCCGUUUACCAUCCAAGCCAGCUACAACCCCAGCAGCAAGUCCCACCCCACCUCGAACCACAAGUCAAAUCAAGAACAAAAGCCAUGGGCCGCAAGGAGAUCCAACGCCGGGCCGAAGCGUGUGUGCAGAAGCCCGUCGCGCCCCCAACAACCAACAUCGCCAUCCGCUCGCCCCCCGCAUCAACAGCAGUCCUCCCCACCCGCAACACCUCUCCCGAGAAGCCGUCGACCGAGCACCUGCAUGUCUCCUUCGACAAAAGCGGUACCGCUACCGCCGCAGCAAGCGUCAGCAACGACGAGCCUGAGCACAGCGCUCCGUCCUCGAUCCACGACGAUGCUGACGAUGAGAGCGAGCUUAGCGAGCUCGAUGACGAGGAGGUGCAUGAGAUUGGCCAGGAAGUCGAGCGCAGGUCGGCGUCGAUUGUGGCGAUUAAGCCGCUGUUUCCUAAUCUGGUGGCUAGUCGUAAUGGGGCUGGGACGGAGAAACGUCAGGAUGGAGCGGGUAGCUCGUGGGCAGGUAGGGAUGGGGGUGGAGAUUGGGGUGAUGGCGGGAGGAUGGAUGUUGAUGGUGCGGAGUGAAGGGGGGUUUGUUGAGAGGAAUAUGCGGUGUCUUUUUCUCCUUUUGUUUGGGCUUUUUGCGGUUCUUUGUAUGAAUAUGGAUCGACUCAACUGUAUUGGUGGCACGUGGAUAUGUAAUGGGAGUAUGGUAGGAUUAGCGUUAGCAUACGGUUUGUCUGUUUUUCUUCUAGAUACCCCCCUUAGGGCUGUAUAGAUGGCUAUGUAAUGCAUGGG